AUGCAUGAUUUAAUUGUUUAUCCUUAUGAAAAACAAAAUGAAUAUUUAUAUGAUCAAAGAGAUAACUUAAUAAAUGAGGACCAUAUAAAAUAUGUUGAGAACGAAGAACUAGAUAAAAAUGAUAUAUCCUAUAAGAUAAAUAUUGUUAGUAAUAGUAAUAACAAUAAUGAUAAUGAUAAUAAUAAUAAUAAUAAUAUAUCCUUUCAAUCUAAUAAUAGUUGUAUUAAUUCAGAUGUAUUUGAGAAUACAAAAAAUGAUAACCAUCAAAAGAGAGAAGAUAUUACACAUCUUAAAAAAAAUAGUCUAGAUUUUAAUAAUUUAAAUGAAAAUAUAUUCAAUAUUAAUAUUGAAAUGAAAGAAUCAAACAUAAAAACAACAAAUGAUAAACACAUAAAUGAUAAUAAUAAUAAUAAUAAUAAUAAUAUUAUUUCAUUAAGAAAAAAUUCUAAAGAUACAUCUACUCAUACAUAUACAAGUGAUGAUUCCUCUUAUAGUAGUAUUGAUGAUAUUAAGCAUAUUUUAAAAAAAAAAAAAAUAAAAAAUUUACAAGAAAAUAAAAAAAAAUAUAUAUGUAACUAUAUCUCACAACAUAAAAAAAGAAUCAAAGAAAAAAAUUGUAACCUUAUCCAAAAAAAAAAAAUUAAUAAACAAGAUAACUAUUUAAACACAAACCUUUUAAAAAUUAAUCGAAAAACAAAAGAAAAUAUAAAAAGAGCCAGUGCUGCAAGUAUUAUUUUGGAAAAUAAUUUUGAUACUGAUCAUAUGGAUGAAGACGAAGAAAAUAGUUUAUCUGACGAAAACACAUAUUAUCAUACAAACGAUUUUUAA